AUGCACUCGCGAACAGAACCGAUAUUGCACUGGAAUCGUUUGAACAGGAUAAAUAAAUACCUUCUAUUUGGGCUGUCUGCCACUCCCAGGUUUUCGGUGUUUUAUACCAGCUUCCAGAGCAUUUGGGCCAAGGUUAGCCACUGGUGGGCACCUCUGAGUGGGCCCAACAAGACGCCAAACGUGUCUAUGUGAGGGACUUGAUAGCAGGACAAGAUUUCAUCCAAGCCCCACAAAUCACACGCAAUACGUGACCGUGCUAUCGCAGAGCGGGCGGCUCCCAUGGAGCUGGACGACGUGACCAGAAGCUGUCGAAGAGCAGGCAUACAGAAAGAGCCGCUCUGCCAGCAAGUCGCUCUCUUAAAGACAGAGAGUCUCUCACAGCCAGUUCGGCUUUAUGGGCAUGGCUCUCCACAAUCUACGCGAGGCUGCAACAACGGGGCAACUGCAGCCACUCGUGUAGACUGGCAAGCGGCCAAAUGCAGCGCAACGACACAAAAACAGCAAUGCAUAAAAUGGGAAAAUGGAGCCAGGUUUUUCAUGCUGGCCAUACCGGCUGCAGUCGCUUUGCUGCUGCCGCUUCUGCUGUUGUUGCCAUGAGGUGAGCCGUAACAGAGAUAUUGUUGCUGGCCCGAUCUGGCCCGAUCCGGUCUCUGCUGGCCAAACGGUUUGUUUGCUUUCCCGUGUUUACCUUAUGCAAUGCUCAAGAGUUUUCAAUAUUUUGUUGCCAGACAAACAAAAACUUGAAGACUCUGCAACUGCAAAUUGACAAAGUUGUAAAAUCUACUAUUUCACUCUUCAUAUGCACAUAUGUACGUACUUUUUAUGUACUUAAAUAAAUAUAUAUAGUAAGUCUAAGUAAA